GGUAAAGAGUUUGUUUCCGUUCAGGAGUUGAUACGAGAGGACUCCGAGAUCCACCUGGUAGUCGCCCCCUCCGCUUUCGCCUCUGUUUACGUAACUCCACUUCUCUUCUUCUUCUUCUUCUUCUUCUUCUAUUUAUAUUAUUCUCUUCUUCUUCUUCUCCUUCUUCUUCCCCAAUCUCCUUCGCAAAUUCAAAUCAUCCAAUAUGGCCUCCACUCUUGAUUCCUCCCUCUCCAACCUCAACAUCAAUGCCGAUUUCUUCUCUUCCGCCCCUAAUCUCCAGCGCAAUCUCCACCUCCUCCUCCCUCAACAGAUUGAAUUCGCGAAGAUGCUAUUGGAGAUGGGCCAGAGUCAUUUGUUUCAGCACUGGGCAGAUCCUGGUGUUGAAGACGGUGAGAAGAAAGCUUUCUUUGACCAGGUUGCUCGGUUAAAUUCAAGCUAUCCUGGUGGUUUGGCAUCAUAUAUUAAAAAUGCGAGAGAACUCUUGGCCGAUUCAAAAGCUGGAAAAAAUCCAUUCGAUGGUUUCACACCUU